UAGCCGCUGCUGGCAGUGGUCAGCGGUGCGGGAUGGCGGAGGGCGGCUCUGUGUGCAGCUUCGUUUUCAAGAAGCGGGGUCUGGCGGCGGGCAGGGGUCGGCGUAAGCGGCCGAGCAGCGAUCAGGAGCGGGAAAGCAGCGAUGAGGAGGGCAGCACGGUGGUGAGGAAGGAGCGGCGGCGGGAGGCUCCCAAUCCCAUGAUCCAGAAGACAAGGAAAAGCACAAAGGAGAGGACCUCAUAUGCUCUGAGCAGCAGUGAUGAUGAGGAUCAAUCAAAGGAGAUUGGAGUUACUUACAAAUCAACAAGGUCGGCGAAACCUGUUGGCCCAGAAGACAUGGGAGCCACAGCAGUGUAUGAACUGGACACAGAGAAGGAGAAAGAUGCCCAGGCCAUCUUCGAGCGCAGCCAGAAGAUCCAGGAGGAGCUGAGAGGGAAAGAAGAUGAUAAAAUUUACCGUGGCAUUAACAACUACCAGAAGUAUGUGAAGCCCAAGGACACAUCGAUGGGAAAUGCCUCUUCAGGGAUGGUCAGGAAAGGACCUAUCCGUGCUCCGGAGCACCUGCGGGCCACGGUGCGCUGGGACUACCAACCUGACAUCUGCAAGGACUACAAAGAAACUGGCUUCUGUGGCUUUGGAGACAGCUGCAAAUUCCUCCACGACCGCUCGGACUACAAACAUGGCUGGCAGAUCGAACGGGAGCUGGACGAAGGCCGCUACGGAGUCAAUGAUGAGGAGAACUAUGAGGUGAGCAGCGAUGAAGAGGACAUGCCCUUCAAAUGCUUCAUCUGCAGAAGUUCCUUCAAGAACCCUGUGGUCACUAAGUGUAGGCACUACUUCUGUGAGAGCUGUGCCCUCCAGCACUACCGCAAGUCCCAGCGCUGCUACGUCUGUGACAAGCAAACCAAUGGAGUCUUCAACCCAGCAAAAGAGCUCAUGGCAAAACUGGAAAAGCACAGAACAGAGGAAGAAGAGGAGGAGGAGGAAGACCACCAGCAUUUGGACCAUGGAGAGGAUCCACAAUAGCAGAGCAUGCUCUUCUGAGAAUUCAGGAGAUGCUUAGAACUUCACUGGGAAACAUGUCUCAACUCAUCCCUCUUCUGUGAUGAAACCAUCUCCAAAGAACAGCUGCAGCACAUCACUAACCCAAUCCCAAGGGGUUUAUGCUGUGAGUGCUUCUGAGUUUUUUUCUUGUUCUAAGUACCAGAGCACCUCAGCCUCUGCCCAGAGCUGUGGGAGAAGGAUUUUCUUUCACAAGCUACAAUCCUCAUGACAAGCUUGUAAAUUGAUAUUUACUGACUAUAAUAAAACUAAAGCAGGAGCCAGGCCUGAUCUUGGGUGGCAGGGGGCAGAAGUAGAAGUGGACCUGUCCUACUUGUAAGCCUGCCCUUCAACAGCCCUGGGCUGGGAGAGGAAGUGCAUCCUACUGAAGUUUUCUGGCAAAAGCAGUUUGCAGCUUCUUGCCUUAGUUGGAAGAAUUGGGAAACAUGAAGGCAGUUGCAGGUAGCAGUGCUGCAGGCUGCUGUGCUGAGCUGUAGGGCAGCAGCUGCCUUCUAGAUGUGUUCUAGUGCCACUAGACUGCUUGCAGCAGCCUCUUAAGGCAAGAAACCAAGCAUGCAAAGCCAGCUUGUGGCAGCAGCUGUGAUCCAUUUCCAGCACCUUGCAGCAACAGCAGACUUUAAAAAAACAAAACAACCAAAAAACACAACUUCAGAAAUAUUUUAUUUGGUUUUGGCAAAAAACUAGAGUAACAAACUUUCUCUGGGUUCAAGUACACACAAAGGACCUGUUGCCAGCACCACUAUCCUAUCAACCACACUUACACAACUGGAUUCUCAGUGCUUACGUGGAGAAAAGACUUCCAGCACCCAUGGUCCUUGCAAGGGUCAAACUAAAAAAAAGGCUUUAAACACACCUCCAAAAAAAAAAAACCCAAACACCCAAAAGUCAGGGGGCAGAGCUGCCAUAGUAGCAGGGCACAGUCACACAGCCCAGGGUUCAGGGGAGCCACGUGAGCAGCUUUUACCUGUCGGGCAGCUGGGGAAGGCAGACCAGCAAUAAUGGAAGGAGUUAAGGUCAAUUCUGUACAUGAUGUUCAAAGGAGAGUUGUGAGCAAGAGGAUUUAGCCUCCAAAUCAAUUCAUUUUCCUCCAUGCCACGGCAAGUCACUGAGUAUGAGCUGGUAUGAAUGUUAGAUGCUGUGUCAAACUAGCCUAGCUAAAUGGAGGCUCAGCUGGUUGUGCAGAGAGGGGCAUAAAAAAGCUGGUUCAUGGCACAAGUGUACACACUCGCUGUGGUGAUCCAGGCAGCCACAGGAGGAGAGGCUGGAAUGCCCUGACUUGGAGUUGAGAGAGUGAUCAGCAUCAAGUGAAAGAAGUCUCUUGAAAAACUGUCCAGAACUGGACAAAUCCAGUGCUGCAGAGGAAUGCCCAGCACAGUGUGCCUGGAGUGGGCUGGGGUUGUCUUUGAUCUCUCAUUCUCCAUCACAAAGCAGUGAGUAAAUUUAAUUCUUUCCCCCUCCACCCCACCUCACAACUUACCCUGUGACAACACUGGAACAGUAAUCUGACUAGAUCUAAGAGAAUGCCCUAAACUGGGAGCUGCCUGCUUCCCCUUCGCUCUAAGGCACCCUUAGAAAGAACCUUGAGAGGGUAGGGACCUGCAGCCCUCAGCUGUGAUGUGAAGCCAGUGAGCUGUAGAAGAACACAGAGACUAACCACACAGACUCACUCAACCCAUUCAAGCCAUCUUCCAGAGCUCAGCUGCACCAACUGAGUCUCUGGGCACUGCACCAUCAGGAACGCUCCACAGUUCCUUGGGGUUGAUCCUUUCCCAGCUCAGGUCUGUCCAUUUGUUUUCCAGGCUACUGAAGUAAACAGGCAGCUCAGUUCCUUCCCAAGGACCUGUAAACUCUUCUACAUGUAACAUUCAUGGCCUUUUUUGAGUGGAACCAAUAAAUUACUAUGUCCAGAAA